CUUCUUUCUUCAUCCUCGUCAUCCUCGUCAUCCUCUUUCUGCGUCUCAGAAUCUCCAUCAACCUCCGUCGUCGUCGUCGUCGUCGUCGUCGUCGUCGUCUCGCCAUGCCGAGCAGAUUCCCGGGAGCCAUCACGCAGGACUGGGACUCCGUCGUCCUCCACAAGUCGAAGCCCAAGUCGCAGGACCUCCGGGACCCCAAGGCCGUCAACAAGGCCCUCCGCUCCGGCGCCCCCGUCCAGACCGUCAAGAAGUUCGACGCCGCCUCCAACAAGAAGGCCUCGUCCUCGGCGCUCCCGGCCGUGAGCGCCCGGAAGCUGGACGAGGCCGCGGAGCCGGCGGCGCUCGAGAGGGUGCCCGGCGAGGUGCGGCAGGCCAUCCAGAGGGCGCGGCUGGAGAAGAAGAUGAGCCAGGCCGAGCUGGCGAAGCAGAUCAACGAGCCCCCCAAGGUGGUGCAGGAGUACGAGAACGGCAAGGCGGUGCCCAACCAGGCCGUGCUCGCCAAGAUGGAGCGGGUCCUCGGCGUCAAGCUCAGGGGCAAGAUCGGGAAGUGAUCGCCGCCGCGGGUCGCCGGAAGAAUCAUCGACGUUGGCGACCAAGGACUCCGCGGGUUUACGAUCUCUUCGCUCGAUCGCUGAGGAUUAUGAGAGUAGUUGUUAUACUGCAUCUGUCUUCAUUAGAAAUAACGUCUGAAGCUCGUAAAUAGAUCUUGAUCUUUGUAAUUCCUUUCUUCUCCUCUUUAUCGUUUUCUUCUUUUAAGCGCAUUUGGAUGGACAAUCAUGAAUGCAUGCCGACUUCUUAGUUUUGGUAAA